AUGUCAGCGAAGGUCAUUAUCCACGUGGAGGGGAGCACCACUUCUAUACACUGCAACAAAAAGGUCAUUCAUUCAUUCAUUCAUUUCAAGGCAGCACGAAAUCAUCACAAACCAUUCUUGAGCUUUUGUUUUGAGUGACGUAGAUUUUUUUUGGGGGGGGGAAAGAACAGAUGACGAUUAUGAGAAAUAUUUGUUCAAAUAUCAGGACCAACUGAAGGCUCUAGAAUGAAGAUGACUCUCCUGUUUUUAUAAAAUGAAUUUAAAGCUGUUUUGUUUGUAGCACAUACCCAACGGCAUUCCUGGCAGUUGGCUGAAGGACGGAGGGAGACAUUCAUUCUCCUACGAUUUCUCCUACGAUUCUACCGAUGUCAGAAGCCCCAACUUUGUGCCCCAGGAGAAGGUACAGCGCACACCUCUGAACCCGCACUGUUUACAACUUCAUCAGCUAUACCCUCAGUGGAAACCCUGUGGUGUGUUCUCUUCUCUACAAGGAGGAGAGUCUGUGUAUCUCCUGUUGUUCUUCUAGCUCUUUCUCCUCCAGAGCACAACUCCCACAUACCAACUGAACUUGCCCUGGUUUCACACGUGCAUCAGGCUUAACCCUUAUUUCACCUCUUACCCCCACACCGUCCCUGUUCAUUGCAGGUGUUUAAAGACUUGAGCUGUGAUGUCCUGGAGGCAGCAUUUGAAGGUUACAACGCCUGUGUGUUCGCCUAUGGACAAACCGGAUCAGGGAAGUAUUACACCAUGACGGGAAGCCCAGUAAGUCACCCAGGAGUUUUUUUGUUGUUGUUGUAGAAUGACUUUGAGAUGGUGACUUUUUAAAAGGACAUUUUACUCCAAAAUGCAUGAAAAUUAAAUAAUGUUGACACCAUCUGAAAUAUAACUGAUGCGCACCUCUGCACUGUAAGGGGAUGAAGACCAAGCGGUGGCUGUGUGACGGUGUCAUUCUUACUCUGUUUACUACAAAUAUAUGCUGUAACUUGUCACUUUGAUCUUUAAGGGAUAGUGUGGGUGUUUUUUUGGGCAAUAAAGCCCCUUUUCUACUUACCCAGAGUGGGAUAAACUCAUGAAUACUCUUUUUGUGUCUGCGUGCAUUUUGAAGUUGCUAACUAGAGUUAGCGCAAUUGCUAACUAGCAUUAACACAAUGGCUGGAAGUCUAUUGGAACAGAAGGCACAAUGAUUGUAUGCUAGCUGUGCUAACUCUAGUUAGCAAUGGUUCGCAAAACUGCUUUCAACUUCUUUCAAACUGUUGACAGAUACAUAAAAAUGGUAUCCGUGAGUAUCUAAGCCCGUCUCAGCAGGAUUAUCUGUAAUACAAUUAUAUAUACCGUUGAAGUCGGAAGUUUACAUACACCUUAGCCAAAUACAUUUAAACUCAGUUUUUCACAAUUCCUGACAUUUAAUCCUAGUACAAAUUCCCUGUUUUAGGUCAGUUAGGAUUACCACUUUAUUUUAAGAACGUGAAAUAUCAGAAUAAUAGUAGAGAGAAUGAUUUCUUUCAGCUUUUAUUUCUUUAAUCACAUUCCCAGUGGGUCAGAAGUUUACAUACACUCAAUUAGUAUUUGGUAGCAUUGCCUUUAAAUUGUUUAACUUGGGUCAAACGUUUCGGGUAGCCUUCCACAAGCUUCCCACAAUAAGUUGGGUGAAUCUUGGCCCAUUCCUCCUGACAGAGCUGGUGUAACUGAGUCAGGUUUGUUGGCCUCCUUGCUCGCACACGCUUUUUCAGUUCUGCCCACAAAUGUUCUAUAGGAUUGAGGUCAGGGCUUUGUGAUGGUCACUCCAAUACCUUGACUGUUGUCCUUAAGCUAUUUUGCCACAACUUUGGAAGUAUGCUUGGGGUCAAUGUCCAAUUGGAAGACCAUUUGCGACCAAGUUUUAACUUCCUGACUGAUGUCUUGAGAUGUUGCUUCAAUAUAUCCACAUAAUUUUCCUUCCUCAUGAUGCCAUCUAUUUUGUGAAGUGCACCAGUCCCUCCUGCAGCAAAGCACCCCCACAGCAUGAUGCUGCCACCCCAUAGCAUGAUGCUGCCACCCCCAUGCUUCACGGUUGGGAUGGGGUUCUUCGGCAUACAAGGCACCCCCUUUUUCCUCCAAACAUAACGAUGGUCAUUAUGGCCAAACAGUUCUAUUUUUGUUACAUCAGACCAGAGGACAUUUCUCCCAAAAGUACGAUCUUUGUCCCCAUGUGCAGUUGCAAACCGUAGUUGGUUUUGGAGCAGUGGCUUCUUCCUUGCUGAGCAGCCUUUCAGGUUAUGUCAAUAUAGGACUCGUUUUACUGUGGAUAUAGAUACUUUUGUACCUGUUUCCUCCAGCAUCUUCACAAGGUCCUUUGCUGUUGUUCUGGGAUUGAUUUGCACUUUUCGCACCAAAGGAUGUUCAUCUCUAGGAGACCGAACGCGUCUCCUUCCUGAGCGGUAUGACAGCUGCGUGGUCCCAUGGUGUUUAUACUUGCGUACUAUUGUUUGUACAGAUGAACGUGGUACGUUCAGGCGUUUGGAAAUUGCUCCCAAGGAUGAACUAGACUUGUGGAGGUCUACAACUUUUUUUCUGAGGUCUUGGCUGAAUUCUUUUGAUUUUCCCAUGAUGUCAAGCAAAGAGGCCCUGAGUUUGAAGGUAGGCCUUGAAAUACAUCCACAGGUACAGCUCCAAUUGACUCAAAUGAUGUCAAUUAGCCUAUCAGAAGCUUCUAAAGCCAUGACAUCAUUUUCUGGAAUUUUCCAAGCUGUUUAAAGGCACAGUCAAUUUAGUGUAUGUAAACUUCUGACCCACUGGAAUUGUGAUACAGUGAAUUAUAAGUGAAAUAAUCUGUCUGUAAACAAUUGUUGGAAAAAUUACUUGUCAUGCACAAAGUAGAUGUCCUAACCGACUUGCCAAAACGAUAGUUUGUUAACAAGAAAUUUGUGGAGUGGUUGAAAAACAAGUUUUAAUGACUCCAACCUAAGUGUAUGUAAACUUCCGACUUCAACUGUAUGUGUGUGUAUAUAUAUAUAUCACACAUGCCGCUGCUAAAUGACUAUAGGGGAAACAUUGCUUUCUUUCUCUUCUCUCCUUGCACAGCUAAUUUCAAUAAAAACCAACUGCAUAUUUGAAUAAUAGCUACAUGUAAUUACAUUUUAGGUUUGUUUUACAUUACCUCGUUUUGUGCCUGCCAGUUGAGCUGUAGGCUACACCGCAAGAAAGCUAGACUUUUAGCUUCCUACAUGUGAAAUAUUAUUAUACUGCUUCAAUGUAUUCUCUCCCAUAUCAGCUAAAAACAGAAUGCCAUCAUUUUCGCUAACAGAGAAAAAGCACUUGGGGCUUGGGGCUGUUUUUUAGGUGCAGGUUGUCAUUUAUUGUCAUGAAUCUUGCCUUGGAGGCAGCUGUGCAGAGUGGUCACUAGCUGGCACAGCCACAGUCAUAAAAUGUUGUUUUAAACCUAACCCUAACCUUAACCACACUGCUAACCCUAAUGAGGGGGGAUUCUAAAAAGCCUACAAUGUUGUUUGGUUUAUUGUUUUAAAUGUCGCUGAGAUUCUAUUUGGUUAUCAAUGCAAAAUAGACUGCAUAGGCUAUUCAAUGCAAAGCUAAAUCAAGACGGCGCAAUCUUGAAGUUGAUUGGUGACAAUUACAUUUUAGUCAUUUAGCAGACGGUUUGCUCAAGGGCACAUCGACAUUUUUCGGCUUUAUGUUAAUUAUUUUGUUUAACAACUUUGUGCCGAAAGAGGAACAAUCCAUUUUCCUGGUUCCAUUUUCAACCAAAGCGAGUUUGGUGGUAAAAUAGAGAACUUCACACUACUCAACACUGCCCCUGAUGCUGCACAAGGAAUUGUGUGGUCCGUAACAAUAUUUGAGCGGAAGAACUCAGUAGCAGGACUACGUCCAACGUGCCGCCCAUUUUGUUAUCUAAAACGACAUUCACAUAUUCCGCUGCGUUUGUGUACAGUCGUGGUCAAAAGUUUUGAGAAUGACACAAAUACUAAUUUUCACAAAGUCUGCUGCCUCAGUUUUGAUGAUGGCAAUUUGCAUAUAGUCCAGAAUGUCAUGAAGAGUGAUCAGAUGAAGUCCCUCUUUGCCAUGAAAAUGAACUUAAUCCCCCAAAAACAUUCCACUGCAUUUCAGACCUGCCACAAAAGGACCAGCUGCCAUCAUGUCAGUGAUUCUCUCGUUAACACAGGUGAGAGUGUUGACGAGGACAAGGCUGGAGAUCACUCUGUCAUGCUGAUUGAGUAAGAAUAACAAACUGGAAGCUUUAAAAGGAGGGUGGUGCUUGAAAUCAUUGUUCUUCCUCUGUUAACCAUGGUUACCUGCAAGGAAACACGUGCCGUCAUCAUUGCUUUGCACAAAAAGGGCUUCUCAGGCAAGGAUAUUGCUGCUAGUAAGAUUACACCUAAAUCAACCAUUUAUCGGAUCAUCAAGAACUUCAAGGAGAGAGGUUCAAUUGUUGUGAAGAAGGCGUCAGGGCUCCCAAGAAAGUCCAGCAAGCACCAGGACUGUCUCCUAAAGUUGAUUCAGCUGCGGGAUCGGGGCACCACCAGUGCAGAGCUUGCUCAGGAAUGGCAGCAGGCAGGUGUGAGUGCAUCUGCACGCACAGUGAGGCAAAUACUUUUUGUAGGAUGGCCUUGUGUCAAGAAGGGCAGCAAAGAAGUCACUUCUCUCCAGGAAAAACAUCAGGGACAGACUGAUAUUCUGCAAAAGGUACAGGGAUUGGACUGCUGAGGACUGGGGUAAAAUCCCCUUUCCGAUUGUUUGGGGCAUCCGGAAAACACUUUGUCCGGAGAAGACAAGGUGAGCGCUACCAUCAGUCCUGUGUCAUGCCAACAGUAAAGCAUCCUGAGACCAUUCAUGUGUGGGGCUGCUUCUCAGCCAAGGGAGUGGGCUCACUCACAUUUUUGCCUAAGAACACAGCCAUGAAUAAAGAAUGGUACCAACACAUCCUCCGAGAGCAACUUCUCCCAACCAUCCAAGAACAGUUUGGUAACGACCAAUGCCUUUUCCAGCAUGAUGGAGCACCUUGCCAUAAGGCAAAAGUGAUAACUAAGUGGCUCGGGGAACAAAACAUCGACAUUUUGGGUCCAUGGCCAGGAAACUCCCCAGACCUUAAUCCCAUUGAGAACUUGUGGUCGAUCCUCAAGAGGCGGGUGGACAAACAAAAACCCACAAAUUCUGACAAACUCCAAGCAUUGAUUAUGCAAGAAUGGGCUGCCGUCAGUCAGGAUGUGGCCCAGAAGUUAAUUGACAGCAUGCCAGGGCGGAUUGCAGAGGUCUUGGAAAAAGAAGGGUCAACACUGCUAAUAUUGACUCUUUGCAUAAACUUAAUGUAAUUGUCAAUAAAAGCCUUUGACACUUAUGGAAUGCUUGUAAUUAUAUUUCAGUAACAUCUGACAAAAAUAUCACAUAACACUGAAGCAGCAAACUUUGUGAAGACCAAUACUUGUAUCAUUCUCAACCUUUGACCACGACUAUAAGCUGUGUAGAUCCCUUAACUUUACAUCAGAUGCCCUGGCUGGCUGGUGUUUGAUGGCUGGUAGAAGUUGUUGCCUGACUGGACAAGUCACUCUGUACAGGACAGCGGAGGAGAGGGAGUAUAGGAAAAACUGUAUGAAUGUUAAAUAUAAAUGAUCUCUCUUUCUUCCUUGUGUUCCAGGGAGAUAUAGGUCUGAUUCCACGGAUCUGUCAUGGCCUGUUCUGUCAGAUAUCAGAGAAGGGGGAUGGGGCCUCCUUCCGCACAGAGGUCAGGUAAGAGUCAGCACUGCUGAGCAACAAACCACUACUACUGUUCAGGGAACAGUUGAUGGCUAAAGCUACAGAUGUCAACUAGCAGUUUAAAUACGUCCAAUGGUCUUGGCUGGAGAGUUCAUUUAGCAUCUGUCUAAAAAGUGACUAAUUAGCUGAGAGGUGAGGGUGGACCAUGUGCGGUCAUCUCUGUUGGUGACAAUAUACCUGGCAAGACUUUUAGGCAGUAGUGCAGAUUAGAACAACAUGGAGAGGAUGCGGUUGCAGCUCAGUUGGUAGAGCAUGGCGCUUGCAACGCCAGGGUUGUGGGUUUGUUUCCCACGGGGGGCCCAGUAUGAAAAUGUAUGCACUCACUUAACUGUAAGUCGCUCUGGAUAAGAGCAUCUGCUAAAUGACUAAAAUGUAAGGAAGGUGAACAUUGGCCUCCUCACCUUCUGUAUGAUAAGAGUCUGAGGGACACUAGCUGACCUGACUGCCAAAUAGAGGAGCGCUAGCUGACCUGACUGCCAAACCCCAUAGCGGAGCGCUAGCUGACCUGACUGCCAAAUAGAGGAGCGCUAGCUGACCUGACUGCCAAAUAGAGGAGCGCUAGCUGAGCUUACUGCCAAACCCCAUAGCGGAGCGCUAGCUGAGCUGACUGCCAAAUAGAGGAGCGCUAGCUGAGCUUACUGCCAAACCCCAUAGCGGAGCGCUAGCUGAGCUUACUGCCAAACCCCAUAGCGGAGCGCUAGCUGAGCUUACUGCCAAAUAGAGGAGCGCUAGCUGAGCUGACUGCCAAAUAGAGGAGCGCUAGCUGAGCUUACUGCCAAACCCCAUAGCGGAGCGCUAGCUGAGCUUACUGCCAAACCCCAUAGAGGAGCGCUAGCUGACCUGACUGCCAAACCCCAUAGAGGAGCGCUAGGAUAGUUCACCUGACUGCUAGUUGGAUGAUUUAAGAGUACAGCGUGAUUACAGGACAUCCUGUAUGCCAAUGAACGUAAAGACGAGCUGUCUUAAACCAGCUCUGCUGUAAUAACUCCUAUGACUUUCAUGACUAAAUAAAAUAUUUCCCCCUGCUGCCGUCAGAAUAAAUGGGUUUUGAAAAACUAUUGUAAUUAAAUAAACAUUCAGGGUCUUAAAACCUAAUCAGGUGGAAAUGGUGUCUGCUUUCAUUUUUGUGUACUCAGAUAGAAAUAGUUGUUGUGUAAUCAGCUGUCUUUAUUUCCACCCACUAAUAUCUCUUUGUUCAGGCUGUGAAAAGAUCAUUUGCUCUGAAGUAAAUGGCACUUUAAUCUCUGUCAGUGCCACAAUAGAUGAGGAAAAUCUUUGCUUUUAAUUUGUUUUUCGGACAGGGUUUAAUUAGGUAAAAAGUGAGUGAAAAAUGAGCAUGAAAAUUCAAUUUAUGUCAGUGGAUGAUUUUGAUCAAGUGAUAAGUUAUUCUGAUGGUUGAAUGAACGCAGCUAGUUAGUGACAGAUAUCAGGAACAGGAAAUAGAGUAGCUAUCUAACGUCUUCACAGAUUGUCAUGUGAUAUGGUUAAAGCUACUUGUUGUCUUUCCCCCAUCAAAUAGCAAACCUUUCUAGAGCCUGAAGGAAGCUUGCUGUAGAUUGUUCUGCAGACUGAUCGAUGGUGAUGAUGAUUCUGAUGAUGAUUCUGAUGAUGGUGGUGGUGAUUAUGAUGUGAAAUGUUCCAUGUCUUUGUUUGUUAGCUACCUGGAGAUCUAUAAGGACCGUGUGCAGGACCUUCUCACGACUAAGACGAGCCCAGGGAACUGGUCAGGACUCAAGCUCAGAGAACACCCCAAGGAUGGGCCCUAUGUAGAGAGUAAGACUGUAUCUACCGCAUAGAUCAGGGGUCUACAACCUUUCUUGCCCAGGGAUCCCCUCCCAGGCGAACUGGCGACCCAGGGACCCCAUCAUGUUACCCCCCAAAAUUUGUAUCCGUCUUGUCUUAUCAUCAGGUGAUUGAUAAUGGCAAGAAAAAGUAAUCAACAUUUUAAAAUGAAUAGAUUUGGUAGAUACACUGAACAAAAUUAUGAACGCAACAUGUGAAGUGUUGCUCCCAUGUUUCAUGAGCUGAAAUAAAAGAUCUCAGAAAUGUUCCAGACGCACAAAAAGCUUAUCAAGUUUUGUGCACAAAUGUGUUUACAUCCCUGUUAGUGAGCAUUUCUCCUUUGCCAAGAUAAUCCAUCCACCUGACAGGUGUGGCAUAUCAAGAAGCUGAUUAAACAGCAUGAUCAUUACACAGGUACACCUUGUGCUGGGGACAAUAACAGGCCACUGUAAAAUAUGCAGUUUUCUCACACAAUACCACAGAUGUCUCAAGUUUUGAGGGAGCGUGCAAUUGGCAUGCUGACUGCAGGAAUGUCCACCAGAGCUGUUGCCAGAGAAUUUAAUGUUCAUUUCUCUACCAUAAAUCGCCUCCCAACGUUGUUUUGGAAAAUUUGGCAGUACGUCCAACCGGCCUCACAAUAGCAGACCACGUGUAACCACGCCAACCCAGGACCUCCCCAGCCAACCCCCAGCCCAGGACCUCCCCAGACCACGUGUAACCACGCCAACCCAGGACCUCCCCAGACCAAUGUGUAACCACGCCAACCCAGGACCUCCCCAGACCAACGUGUAACCACGCCAGCCCAGGACCUCCCCAGACCACGUGUAACCACGCCAACCCAGGACCUCCCCAGACCAACGUGUAACCAUGCCAGCCCAGGACCUCCCCAGACCACGUGUAACCGCGCCAGCCCAGGACCUCCCCAGACCACGUGUAACCGCGCCAGCCCAGGACCUCCACAUCCGGCUUCUUCACCUGCGGCAUCGUCUGAGACCAGCCACCCGGACAGCUGAUGAAACUGUGGGUUUUGCACAACCGAAGAAUUUCUGCACAAAUUGUCAGAAACCGUCUCGGGUAGCUCUUCUACGUACUCGUCGUCCUCACCAGGGUCUCAACCUGACUACAGUUCGGCGUCGUAUCUGACUUCAGUGGGAAAAUGCUCACAUUCGAUGGGAACUGGCAUGCUGGAAAAAUUUGCAUUUUAUCACGGAUGAAUCCCGGUUUCAACUGUACUUGGCAGACAGCGUGUAUGGCAUCGUGUGAGCGAGUGGUUUGCUGAUGUCAACGUUGCGUGCAGAGUGCCCCAUGGUGUGGUUAUGGUAUGGGCAGGCGUAAGCUACGGACAACGAACACAAUUGAAUUUGAUCAAUGGCACAGAGAUACCUUGACGAGAUCCUGAGGAUUCAUCCGCCGCCAUCACCUCAUGUUGCAAGGAUCUGUACACAAUUCCUGGAAGCUGAAAAUGUCCCAGUUCUUCCAUGGCCUGCAUACUCACCAGACAUGUCACCCGUUGAGCAUGUUUGGGAUGCUCUGGAUCGACGUGUAUGACCGCGUGUUCCAGUUCCCACCAAUAUCCAGCAACAUCACACAGCCAUAGAAGAGGAGUGAGACAACAUUCCACAGGCCACAAUCAACAGCCUGAUCAACUAUAUGCGAAGGAGAUGUGUUGCGCUGCAUGAGGAAAAUGGUGGUCACAACAACAGAUACUGACCGGUUCUCUGAUCUACGCCCCUACAUUUCUUUUAAAGGUAUCUGUGACCAGCAGACUCAUAUCUGUAUUCCCAGUCGUGUAAUCCAUAGACUAGGGCCUAAUGAAUUUAUUUCAAUUGACUGAUUUCCUCGUAUGAACUGUAACUCGGUACAAUUUUUUGAAAUUGUUGCAUGUUGCGUUUUACAUUUUUUGUUCAGUGUAGGUUUUCAUUAUUUUGACCUCCCCACAUUAUAAUUGGAAGCGGAAGUUGUAAACUCUAACAUAGUGAACACAUGUUCGCUAAGAGCAGCUGUUUAGCUGGUUAAACUACGGUUAGCAGCAGCCAACGCCACUUGCUGUACUGGUAGCCUAUUUGAGGGUGCUUUGUCAAAACCAAUGAGUGUAAUUUGCUCAAUAUUACAAAGUUGAGAAAUAAAGUUGGCAUCAUUAGAAAUAAGAUAUUCUCCUCUUUUAAAACUGUAUGUUAUUCAAAAUGUGUUGGUUCUGUUGUUUUCUAGUGAUAUUCAUAAAAAUAUAAAAAUUACACUUUAUAUACAGUACCUGUCAAAAGGUUGAACACACCUACUCAUUCAAGGGUUUUUCAUUUCUUUUUUACUAUUUUCCACACUAGAAUAAUAGUGAAGACAUCAAAACUAUGAAAUAAUACAUAUGGAAUCAUGUAGUAACCAAAAAAGUGUUAAAUCAAAUUAUAUUUUAGAUUCUUCAAAGUAGCCACCCUUUGCCUUGACAGCUUUGCCCACUCUUGGCAUUCUCUCACCCUGUCAGACCUGUUGACGCGGCUCGUUCAGAACUACGCUGAUAUAGAGGAGCUAAUGCAUGCUGGGAACGCCAAACGCACCGCGGCGAGCACGGGCAUGAAUGACGUUAGCAGCCGCUCGCACGCCAUCUUCACCAUCAACUUCACACAGGUACACACACACACACACACACACAAACUGCUAGUGACCAAGUGUUCACUAUGUCGAUUUUCAUAAUAUAACAAUACAUGCCACUUAGAAGACUAUUUUAUGCAAAAUGACUUGCAGUACAUUGAGUCAUAUUUAUUUUGUAUUUGUAUUACUGAGUGAACCCACAACUUUGCUUUAUGAUCGUAUCAACUGAACCACACAGGACCACACCAUGUGUUCAUGUCAGUUUUUACUUGUUUGGUGUGUGUGUGUGUGUGUGGUUGACUCUUUUUUGACUUUGUUGAAGUUAAGUAAUAAGUAUUUCUAGCCUUAGGGUGCAACCAAAGACCAGCCCUCAAGCACUAAUUAGUCAACUUCUUAUUGACUAAAUCUGUCCUGUAUUAUGAUUUAGAAAUGUUUUGCUUCGAGCCACAUCCAGCUAUACAUGUUAAGGAGCACAGCGUCGAUUUGUCCGUGUCUCCCUCCCUCCUUUGCUCGCCAUCCAGCCAUCCAGCCAUCCAUCCAUCCAUCCAUCCAUCCAUCCAUCCAUCCAUCCAUCCAUCCAUCCCGAGGUUAACAGCUCUGUGUCUGUGUGUCCGUCUCGUCCCCAGGCUCGUUUCGAUGCAGAGCUGUCGUGUGAGACGGUGAGUAAGAUCCACCUGGUAGACUUGGCGGGCAGUGAGAGGGCUGAUGCCACACAUGCCACCGGUGCCAAACUGAAGGAAGGAGCCAACGUCAACAAGUCCCUGGUCACACUGGGUAGUGUCAUCUCUGCUCUGGGUAAAUGAUGCUUAGUACACACACACACACACACACACACCACGUCUAAUGCCAACCAUGACACGACAACUCAGGCUAUUAGUAACACCAAUUAAACUCUGUACCAGGAUACAUUUUGAAUCAGUCCACCAAGCGGUAGCUAUACUACUGAGAACCACAAUACUAAGUAUUUAUGAUUUGUGUUUCUAUCUGGUCAGUUUUGUGGCAUGAAACAAGUUAUUUUAUGCUUUUGUAGUUGUUUUGGAAGAUGUUAUUGUGGAAUGUUCCAUUUCCUGUUUCAGUGUUUUCUUCUGGUGGUGUGUUUACUUCUUUGUGUGUGUCUGUCUGCCCUCUUAGCUGAUGUGUGUGUGUGUCUGUCUGCCCUCUUAGCUGAUGUGUUUGUGUGUCUGUCUGCCCUCUUAGCUGACGUGUUUGUGUGUCUGCCUUCCUGCCUGACGUGUGUGUCUGUCUGCCCUCUUAGCUGACGUAAGUGGGUUUUCAGGAAGUGGAGGUGAAGGUUUCGGUCCCAGACCACGGGCAAGAGGAAGAAGACGCUGUUUUGACCUCUCUCUGUCUCUCUCUGUCUCUGUCUCUCUCUGUCUACGUCUCUCUCUGUCUCUGUCUCUGUCGCUGUCUCUGUCUCUGUCUCUCUGUCUCUCUCGCUGUCUAUGUCUCUCUCUGUCUAUGUCUCUCUGUGUCUCUGUCUCUGUCUCUGUCUCUCUCUGUCUAUGUCUCUCUGUCUCUGUCUCUCUCUGUCUAUGUCUCUCUGUCUCUGUCUCUCUCUCUGUCUCUGUCUCUCUCUGUCUAUGUCUCUCUGUGUCUCUGUCUCUCUCUCUGUCUAUGUCUAUGUCUCUCUGUGUCUCGGUCUGUCUGUCUCUCUGUGUCUCUGUCUCUCUCUGUCUAUGUCUCUCUGUGUCUCUGUCUCUCUCUGUCUAUGUCUCUCUGUGUCUCUGUCUCUCUCUGUCUAUGUCUCUCUGUGUCUCUGUCUCUCUCUGUCUAUGUCUCUCUGUCUCUGUGUGUUCUCUCCUAGCUAAUAUAUGUGUAACAGGAGGAGGAGGGGGCUCCCACACAGGGAAAAGGAAGAAGCAGCUGUUUAUCCCCUACAGAGACUCUGUUCUGACCUGGCUCCUGAAAGACAGCCUGGGGGGAACCUCCAAGACCAUCAUGAUAGCAAGUAUGGUUGAUCUUAUUCCGUGGUAUUCAAAGUCAGGGUUGCGACAUACAUAUGCAUGUGUGUGUGUAUAUAUAUAUAUAUAUAUAUAGUGAUUUUGUACGUUUGCCCACUGACAAAGACAUGAUCAGUCUAUAAUUUUGAACAGUGAGAGACAGAAUAACAACAAAAAAGCCCUCCUGUUCUCCACUCAUUACCUGUAUUAACUGCACCUGUUUGAACUCGUUACCUGUAUAAAAUACACCUGUCCACACACUCAAUCAAACAGACUCCAACCUCUCCACAAUGGCCAAGACCAGAGAGCUGUGUAAGGACAUCAGGGAUAACAUUGUAGACCUGCACAAGGCUGGGAUGGGCUACAGGACAAUAGGCAAGCAGCUUGGUGAGAAGGCAACAACUGUUGCCGCAAUUAUUAGAAAAUGGAAGAAGUUCAAGAUGACGGUCAAUCACCCUUGGUCUGGGGCUCCAUGCAAGAUCUCACCUCGUGGGGCAUCAAUGAUCAUGAGGAAGGUGAGGGAUCAGCCGAGAACUACACGGCCGGACCUGGUCAAUGACCUGAAGAGAGCUGGGACCACAGUCUCAAAGAAAACCAUUAGUAACACACUACGCCGUCAUGGAUUAAAAUCCUGCAGCGCACGGUCCCCCUGCUCAAGCCAGCGCAUGUCCAGGCCCGUCUGAAGUUUGCCAAUGACCAUCUGGAUGAUCCAGAGGAGGAAUGGGAGAAGGUCAUGUGGUCUGAUGAGACAAAAAUAGAGCUUUUUGGUCUAAACUCCACUCGCCGUGUUUGGAGGAAGAAGAAGGGUGAGUACAACCCCAAGAACACCAUCCCAACCGUGAACCGUGAAGCAUGGAGGUGGAAACAUCAUUCUUUGGGGAUGUUUUUCUGCAAAGGGGACAGGACGACUGCACCGUAUUGAGGGGAGGAUGGAUGGGGCCAUGUAUCGCGAGAUCUUGGCCAACAACCUCCUUCCCUCAGUAAGAGCAUUGAAGAUGGGUCGUGGCUGGGUCUUCCAGCAUGACAAUGACCCGAAACACACAGCCAGGGCAACUAAGGAGUGGCUCCGUAAGAAGCAUCUCAAGGUCCUGGAGUGGCCUAGCCAGUCUCCAGACCUGAACCCAAUAGAACAUCUUUGGAGGGAGCUGAAAGUCUGUAUUGCCCAGCGACAGCCCCGAAACCUGAAGGAUCUGGAGAAGGUCUGUAUGGAGGAGUGGGCCAAAAUCCCUGCUGCAGUGUGUGCAAACCUGGUCAAGACCUACAGGAAACGUAUGAUCUCUGUAAUUGCAAACAAAGGUUUCUGUACCAAAUAUUAAGUUCUGCUUUUCUGAUGUAUCAAAUACUUAUGUCAUGCAAUAAAAUGCAAAUUAAUUACUUAAAUCAUACAAUGUGAUUUUCAGGAUUUUUGUUUUAGAUUCCGUCUCUCACAGUUGAAGUGUACCUAUGAUAAAAAUGACAGACCUCUACAUGCUUUGUAAGUAGGAAAACCUGCAAAAUCGGCAGUGUAUCAAAUACUUGUUCUCCCCACUGUAUAUCAGUUCAAGUCUGAAGUUUACAUACACCUUACACAAAUACAUGUAAACUCUGUUUUUCACAAUUCCUGACAUUUAAUCCUAGUAAAUUAUUCCCUGUCUUAGGUCAGUUAGGAUCACCACUUUAUUUUAAGAAUGUGAAAUGUCAGAAUAAUAGUACAGAGUGAUUUAUUUCAGCUUUUAUUUCUUUCAUCACAUUCCCAGUGGAUCAGAAGUUUACAUACACUCAACUAGUAUUUGGUAGCAUUGCCUUUUAAAUUGUUUAACCUGGGUCAAACGUUUCGGGUUGCCUUCCACAAGCUUCCCACAAUAAGUUGGGUGAAUUUUGUCCCAUUCCUCCUGACAGGGCUGGUGUAACUGAGUCAGGUUUGUAGGCCUCCUUGCUCGCACACACUUUUUCAGAUCUGCCCACAAAUGUUCUAUAGGAUUGAGGUCAGGGAUUUGUGAUGGCCACUCCAAUACCUUGACUUUGUUGUCCUUAAGCCAUUUUGCUACAACUUUGGAAGUAUGCUUGGGGUCAUUGUCCAUUUGGAAGACCCAUUUGCGACCAAGCUUUAACUUACUGACUGAUGUCUUGAGAUGUUGCUUCAAUAUAUCCACAUAAUUUUCCUUCCUUUUGUGAAGUGCACCAGUCCCUCCUGCAGCAAAGCACCCCAGUUCUAUUUUUGUUUCAUCAGACCAGAGGACAUUUCUCCAAAAAGUACGAUCUUUGUCCCCAUGUGCAGUUGCAAACCGUAGUCUGGCUUUUUUAUGGCGGUUUUGGAGCUGUGGCUUCUUCCUUGCUGAGCGGCCUUUCAGGUUAUGUCGAUAUAGGACUCGUUUUACUGUGGAUAUAGAUACUUUUGUACCUGUUUCCUCCAGCAUCUUCACAAGGUCAUUUGCUGUUGUUCUGAUUUGCAGUUUUCGCACCAAAGUACGUUCAUCUCUAGGAGACAAAACGCGUCUCCUUCCUGAGCGGUAUGACGGCUGCGUGGUCCCAUGGUGUUUAUACUUGCGUACUAUUGUUUGUACAGAUGAACGUGGUACCAUCAGGCAUUUGGAAAUUGCUCCCAAGGAUGAACCAAACUUGUGGAGGUCUACAAUUUUCUUUUCUGAGGUCUUGGCUGAUUUCUUUUCAUUUUCCCCAUGAUGUCAAACAAAGAGGCCCUGAGUUUGAAGGUAGUCCUUGAAAUACAUCCACAGGUACACCUCCAAUUGACUCAAAUUAUGUCAAUUAGCCUAUCAGAAGCUUCUAAAGCAAUGACAUCAUUUUCUGGAAUUUUCCAAGCUGUUUAAAGGCACAGUCAACUUAGUGUAUGUAAACUUCUGACCCACUGGAAUUGUGAUACAGUUAAUGAUAAGUGAAAUAAUCUGUCUGUAAACAAUUGUUGGAAAAAUUACUUGUGUCAUGCACAAAGUAGAUGUCCUAACCGACUUGCCAAAACUAUAGUUUGUUAACAAGACAUUUGUGGAGUGGUUGUUUUAAUGACUCCAACUGAAGUGUAUGUAAACUUCCGACUUCAACUGUAGGUGGUUAACUGAUUUUUGUACUCCAACGUCCUUGGGUAGGUGGAGUGAGUCUGGAAGGGCAUCUAGGAAUCUUUGGGUUGUCAGAGAAUUUAUAGCACGGCUUUUGAUGAUCCUUGGUUGGGGUCUGAGAAGAUUAUUUGUUGCGAUUGCAAAACCAAUAAGAUGGUGGUCCGAUAGUCCAGGAUUAUGAGGAAAAACAUUUAGAUCCACAAUAUUUAUUCCACGGGACAAAACUAGAUCCAGGGUAUGACAGUGGCAAUGAGUAGGUCCGGAGACAUUUUGGACAAAACCCACUGAGUUGAUGAUGGCUCCGAAAGCCUUUUGGAGUGGGUCUGUGGACUUUUCCAUGUGAAUAUUAAAGUCACCAAAAAUUAGAAUAUAUUAUCUGCCAUGACUCCAAGGUCCUAUAGGAACUCAGCGAGGAACACUGUAUACGGCCCAGGAGGCCUGUAAACAGUAGCUAUAAAAAGUGAUUGAGUAGGCUCCAUAGAUUUUAUGACUAGAAGCUCGAAAGACGAAAACGCAUUUUUUUUCUUUUUUUUGUGAAAUUUGCUGUCAUAAAUUUAACAUUUACAUUUUCGUCAUUUAGCAGAUGCUCCUAUCCAGAGCGACUUACGAAUUGGGGCAUUCCCCUUUAUGAUAAGAUAUAUAUAUAUUUUUUUUGGGGGGGGGGGGGGGGGGGGGGGGGUAGAAGGAUUACUUUAUCCUAUCCCAGGUAUUCCUUAAAGAGGUGGGGUUUCAAGUGUCUCCGGAAGGUGGUGAGUGACUCCGCUGUCCUGGCGUCGUGGGGGAGCUUGUUCCACCAUUGGGGUGCCAGAGCAGCGAACAGUUUUGACUGGGCUGAGCGGGAACUGUGCUUCCGCAGAGGUAGGGGGGCCAGCAGGCCAGAGGUGGAUGUAGGGACUGAUCAGAGUCUGAAGGUACGGAGGUGCCGUUCCCCUCACAGCUCCGUAGGCAAGCACCAUGAUCUUGUAGCAGAUGCGUGCUUCAACUGGAAGCUAGUGGAGUGUGUGGAGGAGCGGGGUGACGUGAGAACUUGGGAAGGUUGAACACCAGACGGGCUGCAUCGUUCUGGAUGAGUUGUAGGGGUUUAAUGGCACAGGCAGGGAGCCCAGCCAACAGCGAGUUGCAGUAAUCCAGACGGGAAAUGACAAGUGCCUUGAUUAGGACCUGUGCCGCUUCCUGUGUAAGGUAGGGUCGUACUCUGCGAAUGUUGUAGAGCAUGAACCUACAGGAUCGGGUCACCGCUUUGAUGUUAGCGGAGAACGACAGGGUGUUGUCCAGGGUCACGCCAAGGUUCUUUGCACUCUGGGAGGAGGACACAACAGAGUUGUCAACCGUGAUGGCGAGAUCAUGGAGCGGGCAGUCCUUCCCCGGGAGGAAGAGCAGCUCUGUCUUGCCGAGGUUCAGCUUGAGGUGGUGAUCCGUCAUCCACACUGAUAUAUCUGCCAGACAUGCAGAGAUGCGAUUCGCCACCUGGUUAUCAGAAGGGGGAAAGGAGAAGAUUUAAUUGUGUGUUGUCUGCGUAGCAAUGAUAGGAGAGACCAUGUGAGGAUAUGACAGAGCCAAGUGACUUGGUGUAUAGAGAGAAUAGGAGAGGGCCUAGAACUGAGCCUUGGGGGACACCAGUGGUGAGAGCACGUGGUGCGGAGACAGAUUCUCGCCACGCCACCUGGUAGGAGCGACCUGUGAGGUAGGAUGCAAUCCAAGAGUGAGCCGCGCUGGAGAUGCCCAACACGGAGAGGGUGGAGAGGAGGAUCUGAUGGUUCACAGUAUCAAAGGCAGCAGACAGGUCUAGAAGGAUAAGAGCAGAGGAGAGAGAGUUAGCUUUAGCAGUGCGGAGAGCCUCCAUGACACAGAGAAGAGCAGUCUCAGUUGAAUGACCAGUCUUGAAACCUGACUGGUUUGGAUCAAGAAGGUCAUUCUGAGCGAGAUAGCAAGAGAGUUGGCUAAAGAUGGCACGCUCAAGAGUUUUGGAGAGAAAAGAAAGAAGGGAUACUGGUCUGUAGUUGUUGACAUCGGAGGGAUUGGGUGUAGGUUUUUUGAGAAGGGGUGCAACUCUUGCUCUCUUGAAGACGGAAGGGACAUAGCCAGUGGUCAAGGAUGAGUUGAUGAGCGGGGUGAGGUAAGGGAGAAGGUCUCCGGAAAUGGUCUGGAGAAGAGAGCAGGGGAUAGGGUCAAGCGGGUAGGUUGUUGGGUGGCCGGCCGUCACAAGUCGCAAGAUUUCAUCUGGAGAGAGGGGAGAAAGAAGUCAAAGCAUAGGGUAGGGCAGUGUGAGCAGGACCAGCGGUGUCAUUUGACUUAAUAAAUGAGGAUCGGAUGUCGUCAACCUUCUUUUCAAAAUGGUUGACGAAAUCAUCCACAAAGAGGGAAGAGAGAGGGGGAGGAGGAGGAGGAUUCAGCAGGGAGGAGGUGGUGGCAAAGAGCUUCCUAGGGUUAGAGGCAGAUGCUUGAAAUGUAGAGUGGUAGAAAGUGGCUUUAGCAGCAGAAACAGAUGAAGAAAAUGUAGAGAGGAAAAGAUGACAGGUCGGCAGGGAGUCUAGUUUUCCUCCAUUUCUGCUCGGCUGCCCGGAGCCCUGUUCUGUGAGCUUGCAAUGAGUCGUCAAGCCACGGAGCAGGAGUGGAGGACCGAGCCGGCCGGGAGGAUAGGGGACAUGGAGAGUCAAAAGAUGCAGAAAGGGAGGAGAGGAGAGUUGAGGAGGCAGAAUCAGGAGAUUGGAGGGAGAAGGAUUGAGCAGAGGGAAGAGAUGAUAGGAUGGAAGAGGAGAGAGUAGCGGGAGAGAGAGAGUGAAGGUCGCGAUGGCGCAUUACCAUCUGAGUAGGGGCAGAGUGAGUAGUGUUGGAGGAGAUGGAGAGAGAAAAGGAUACAAAGUAGUGGUCGGAGACUUGGAGGGGAGUUGCAGUGAGAUUAGUAGAAGAACAGCAUCUAGUAAAGAUGAGGUCAAGCAUAUUGCCUGCCUUGUGAGUAGGGGGAGAUGGUGAGAGGGUAAGGUCAAAAGAGGAGAGGAGUGGAAAGAAGGAGGCAGAGAGAAAUGAGUCAAAGGCAGACGUAGGGAGGUUAAAGUCACCCAGAACUGUGAGGGGUGAGCCAUCCUCAGGAAAGGAACUUAUCAAGGCGUCAAGCUCAUUGAUAAACUCUCCAAGGGAACCUGGAGUGCGAUAAAUGAUAAGGAUGUUAAGCUUGAAUGGGCUAGUGACUGCGACAGCAUGGAAUUCAGAUGAGGAGAUAGACAGAUGGGUCAGGGGAGAAAGAGAGAAUGUCCACUUGGGAGAGAUGAGGAUUCCUGUGCCACCGCCCCGCUGACCAGAUGCUCUCGGGGUAUGCGAGAACACAUGGUCAGAUGAGGAGAGAGCAGUAGGAGUAGCAUAGGCUGAGAUGAACUCUGCCUAUAAAUGUUAGCAACACCUCCGUGGGAUAUGGUAUGGUCACUAGUGUAACCAGGAGGAGAGGCCUCAUUUAACACAGUCAAUUCAUCAGGCUUGAGCCAUGUUUCAGUCAGGCCAAUCACAUCAAGAUUAUGAUCAGUGAUUAGUUCAUUGACUAUGACUGCCUUGGAAGUGAGGGAUCUAACAUUAAGUAACCCUAUUUUGAGAUGUGAGAUAUCACAAUCUCUUUCAAUAAUGACAGGAAUGGAGGAGGUCUUUAUUCCAGUGAGAUUGCUAAGGCGAACACCGCCAUGUGUAGUUUUGCUCAACCUAGACCGAGGCACAGACACGGUCUCAACGGGGAUAGCUGAGCUGACUACACUGACUGUGCUAGGGGCAGACUCCACUAAGCUGGCAGGCUGGCUAACAGCCUGCUGCCUGGCCUGCACCCUAUCUCAUUGUGGAGCUAGAGGAGUUAGAGCCCUGUCUAUGUUGGUAGAUAAGAUGAGAGCACCCCUCCAGGUAGGAUGGAGUCCGUCACUCCUCAGCAGGCCAGGCUUGGUCCUGUAACACCCCUCCAGCUAGGAUGGAGUCCAUCACUCCUCAGCAGGCCAGGCUUGGUCCUGUAGCCCCCCUCCAGGUAGGAUGGAGUCCGUCACUCCUCAGCAGGCCAGGCUUGGUCCUGUAGCACCCCUCCAGCUAGGAUGGAGUCCAUCACUCCUCAGCAGGCCAGGCUUUUUCCUGUAACACCCCUCCAGCUAGGAUGGAGUCCGUCACUCCUCAGCAGGCCAGGCUUGGUCCUGUAGCACCCCUCCAGCUAGGAUGGAGUCCGUCACUCCUCAGCAGGCCAGGCUUGGUCCUGUAGCACCCCUCCAGCUAGGAUGGAGUCGUCACUCCUCAGCAGGCCAGGCUUGGUCCUGUAACACCCCUCCAGCUAGGAUGGAGUCCAUCACUCCUCAGCAGGCCAGGCUUGGUCCUGUAGCCCCCCUCCAGCUAGGAUGGAGUCCGUCACUCCUCAGCAGGCCAGGCUUGGUCCUGUAGCACCCCUCCAGCUAGGAUGGAGUCGUCACUCCUCAGCAGGCCAGGCUUGGUCCUGUAACACCCCUCCAGCUAGGAUGGAGUCCGUCACUCCUCAGCAGGCCAGGCUUGGUCCUGUAACACCCCUCCAGCUGGGAUGGAGUCGUCACUCUUCAGCAGGCCAGGCUUGGUCCUGUUUGUGGGUGAGUCCCAGAAAGAGGGCCAAUUAUCUACAAAUUCUAUAUUUUGGGAGGGGAAGAAAACAGUUUUCGACCAGCGAUUGAGUUGAGACUCUGCUGUAGAGCUCAUCACUCCUCCCCCUAACUGGGAGGGGCCAGAGACCAUUACUGCUGUAGAGCUCAUCACUCCUCCCCCUAACUGGGAGGGGCCAGAGACCAUUACUGCUGUAGAGCUCAUCACUCCUCCCCCUAACUGGGAGGGGCCAGAGACAAUUACUGCUGUAGAGCUCAUCACUCCUCCCCCUAACUGGGAGGGGCCAGAGACAAUUACUGCUGUAGAGCUAAUCACUCCCCCCUAACUGGGAGGGGCCAGAGACAAUUACUGCUGUAGAGCUCAUCACUCCUCCCCCUAACUGGGAGGGGCCAGAGACAAUUACUGCUGUAGAGCUCAUCACUCCUCCCCUUAACUGGGAGGGGCCAGAGACAAUUACUGCUGUAGAGCUCAUCACUCCCCCCUAACUGGGAGGGGCCAGAGACAAUUACUGCUGUAGAGCUCAUCACUCCUCCCCCUAACUGGGAGGGGCCAGAGACAAUUACUGCUGUAGAGCUCAUCACUCCUCCCCCUAACUGGGAGGGGCCAGAGACAAUGCUCUAUUUUCCGGCUACCCGGAUAAAGCACUAAAUAAACUUCAGUUAGUGCUAAAUACGGCUGCUAGAAUCCUGACUAGAACCAAGAAAUUUGAUCAUAUUACUCCAGUGCUAGCUUCCCUACACUGGCUUCCUGUUAAGGCAAGGGCUGAUUUCAAGGUUUUACUGUUAACCUAUAAAGCGUUACAUGGGCUUGCUCCUACCUAUCUUUCCGAGUUGGUCCUGCCGUACAUACCAAUACGUACGCUACGGUCACAAGACGCAGGCCUCCUAAUUGUCCCUAGAAUUUCUAAGCAAACAGCGGGAGGCAGGGCUUUCUCCUAUAGAUCUCCAUUUUUAUGGAACAGUCUGCCUACCCAUGUGAGAGACGCAGACUCGGUCUCAACCUUUAAGUCUUUACUGAAGACUUAUCUCUUCAGUAGGUCAUAUGAUUGAGUGUAGUCUGGCCCAGGAGUGUGAAGGUGAACGGAAAGGCUCUGGAGCAACGAACAGCCCUUGCUGUCUCUGCCGGGCCGGUUCCCCUCUCCACUGGGGUUCUCUGCCUCUAACCCUGUUGCAGGGGCUGAGUCACUGGCUUGCUGGUGCUCUUUCAUGCCGUCCCUGGGAGGGGUGCGUCACUUGAGUGGGUUGAGUUACUGACGUGAUCUUCCUGUCUGGGUUGGCGCCCCCCCUUGGUUUGUGCUGUGGUGGAGACCUCUGUGGGCUAUACUCGGCCUUGUCUCAGGAUUGUAAGUUGGUGGUUGAGGAUAUCCCUCUAGUGGUGCGGGGGCUGUGCUUUGGCAGAGUGGGUGGGGUUAUAUCCUUCCUGUUUGGCCCUGUCCGGGGGUUUUCUUCGGAUGGGGCCACAGUGUCUCCAGACCGCUCCUGUCUCAGCCUCCAGUAUUUAUGCUGCAGUAGUUUAUGUGUCGGGGGGCUGGGGUUAGUUGGUUAUACCUGGAGUACUUCUCCUGUCUUAUCCAGUGUCCUGUGUGAAUGUAAGUAUGCUCUCUCUAAUUCUCUCGUUCUCUCUUUCUCUCUGAGAACCUGAGCCCUAGGACCAUACGUCAGGACUACCGGGCAUGAUGACACCUUGCUGUCCCCAGUCCGCCUGGCCUUGCUGCUAUUCCAGUUUCAACUGUUCUGCCUGCGGUUACGAAACCCCUACCUGUCCCAGACCUGCUGUUUUCAACUCUUAAUGAUCGGCUAUGAAAAGCCAACUGAGAGACCUGAGCCCUAGGACCAUACGUCGGGACUACCGGCCGUGGUGACUCCUUGCUGUCCCCAGUCCGCCUGGCCUUGCUGCUAUUCCAGUUUCAACUGUUCUGCCUGCGGUUAUGGAACCCCUACCUGUCCCAGACCUGCUGUUUUCAACUCUUAAUGAUCGGCUAUGAAAAGCCAACUGAGAUUUAUUCCUGAUUAUUAUUUGACCAUGCUUGUCACUUAUGAACAUUUUUGAACAUCUUGGCAUGGUUCUGUUAUAAUCUUCACCCGGCACAGCCAGAAGAGGACUGGCCACCCCUCAUAGCCUGGUUCCUCUCUAGGUUUCUUCCUAGGUUUUCGCCUUUCUAGGGAGUUUUUCCUAGCCACCGUGCUUCUACACCUGCAUUACUAGCUGUUUGGGGUUUUAGGCUGGGUUUCUGUACAGCACUUCGAGAUAUUAGCUGAUGUAAGAAGGGCUAUAUAAAAUAAAAUUGAUUGAUUGAUUGAAUUACUGCUGUAGAGCUCAUCACUCCCCCUAACUGGGAGGGGCCAGAGACAAUUACUGCUGUAGAGCUCAUCACUCCUCCCCCUAACUGAGAGGGGCCAGAGACAAUUACUGCUGUAGAGCUCAUAACUCCCCCUAACUGGGAGGGGCCAGAGACAAUUACUGCUGUAGAGCUCAUCACUCCCCCCUAACUGGGAGGGGCCAGAGACAAUUACUGCUGUAGAGCUCAUCACUCCUCCCCCUAACUGGGAGGAGCCAGAGACAAUUACUUGAUGCCGACACAUCUUUCUAGCUGAUUUACACGCUGAAGCUAUGUUGCGCUCAUCCAAAAUGACUUACAGUUAGUGUUGAUAUUCCCUUUGGUAUUGUCGUUUAGCACAACUGCUGAUUUUACAUACAGCUGAUUGAUUGAUCUGUCUUUAGUAAGAGAUCCACCCCACACCUGUGUGUCCGUCUUCCCAUUCAGCUCUUUCACCUGCUGAUGUCAACUACGAUGAGACGCUGAGCACGCUGCGCUAUGCUAACCGAGCUAAGAACAUCGUCAACAAGCCCACAGUCAACGAGGACAGCAGUGUUAGAGUCAUCAGAGAACUGCAGGAGGAGAUCGCUAGGCUGAGAGGACUGGUGGAGAAGAACAACCAGGUGGGUGGGGGUGGGGGUGGGGGUGGGGGUAAUAACCGAAAGGUCACUAGUUCGAAUCCCCAGAGCUGAUAAAGUGAAAGAAUCUCUGUGCACUUGAGCAAGGCACUUAACUUAAUUGCUCCAGGGUUGCCGUUGAUAAUGGCAGGCCGUGAACCCACUCACCAAGGGUGUCUCGGGGAGUUGGUAUAUGCAAAAAUAAAACUAAUUUCACACACCAAUUAUAUUAGCCCUUUUUUAAAAACGUUUUCUUUUACACAUGUACAAGUGUGUAAAAUGGCCUCCUCCCCCCCCUUCUCCUCAGGAUCUCUCUCUGAAGGUGGAGGAGAAACUUCACAAGAAUGAGGCCAAGGUGAGUGGACUCUUGUAGGUUCAUGGCUUGACAUGUGUCGGUUGUUCAGAGCGUAACUCCAAGGUCUUGGGUUCUAUUCCUGCUACGAUCAUCACACACACAUACUAAAGAUGCAUGCGUUCACUGUAGCCUAUAGUAAGUGGCUUUGGAUAAAAGUGUCUGCCUAGUGGAAUAUACAGGUAACUGCCACAAUGAAGGAAACUCCAACAUAGUGUCUUAAUAGGGAAUUGGGCCUCCACGAGCCAGAACAGCUUCAAUGCACCUCGGCAUAGAUUCUACAAGUGUCUGGAACUCUAUUGGAGGGAUGAGACACCAUUCUUCCACGAGAAAUUACAUAAUUUGAUGUUUUCUUGAUGGCGGUGGAAAACGCUGCCUCAGAAUCUCCCAUAAGUGUUCAAUUGGGUUGAGGUCUGGUGACUGAGACGGCCGUGGUACAUGGUUUACCUAGUUUUCAUGUUCAUCAUACCAUUCAUUGACCACUCGUGCCCUGUGGAUGGGGGCAUUGUCAUCCUAUGGGAGCAUAGCCAUGGUAGCCAAAAUAAUGGCCUGCCCAGUAUUUCUAUACAUGACCCUAACCACGAUGGGAUGUUAAUUGCUUAAUUAACUCAGGAACCACACAUGUGUGGAAGCACCUGCUUUCAAUAUACUUUGUAUCCCUCCUUUACUCAAGUGUUUCCAAUAUUUUGGCAGUUACCUACAUGUGUUUCUCUGCAAAUAUGAACCGUUGUUUGUAAAUGUGUUGGGACUUGUCAGAUCAGAGGAGUAUGCUACAAAGCAAGAUCAAGGAGUUAGCCAGCAAACUCGCCUAAACGUUCUGAAGUAACUAUUUAAAAAAAUAAAAUAAAAAUACACUUGAAAUGGGAGUGGUCUAAUUGUCACAACUUUCUUAAUAAACCAUAAAAUCAACAGUUAUUUCUGGUUAUCAAAGUUAGCUGGGUAACUCAUUGGUCCUGCUUUGAAGUAUACCCCUCUGUUCUCUCUGUCUUCUCCAACAGGUGUUAGGGCUGACCACCCCUCUGUUCUCUCUGUCCUCUCCAACAGGUGUUAGGGCUGACCACCCCUCUGUUCUCUCUGUCCUCUCCAACAGGUGUUAGGGCUGACCACCCCUCUGUUCUCUCUGUUCUCUCCAACAGGUGUUAGGGCUGACCACCCCUCUGUUCUCUCUGUUCUCUCCAACAGGUGUUAGGGCUGACCACCCCUCUGUCCUCUCCAACAGGUGUUAGGGCUGACCACCCCUCUGUCCUCUCUGUCCUCUCCAACAGGUGUUAGGGCUGACCACCCCUCUGUCCUCUCUGUCUUCUCCAACAGGUGUUAGGGCUGACCACCCCUCUGUCCUCUCUGUCCUCUCCAACAGGUGUUAGGGCUGACCACCCCUCUGUCCUCUCCAACAGGUGUUAGGGCUGACCACCCCUCUGUUCUCUCUGUCCUCUCCAACAGGUGUUAGGGCUGACCACCCCUCUGUCUUCUCCAACAGGUGUUAGGGCUGACCACCCCUCUGUUCUCUCUGUUCUCUCCAACAGGUGUUAGGGCUGACCACCCCUCUGUUCUCUCUGUCCUCUCCAACAGGUGUUAGGGCUGACCACCCCUAUGUCCUCUCUGUCCUCUCUAACAGGUGUUAGGGCUGACCACCCCUCUGUCCUCUCCAACAGGUGUUAGGGCUGACCACCCCUCUGUCCUCUCCAACUGGUGUUAGGGCUGACCACCCCUCUGUUCUCUCUGUUCUCUCUGUUCUCUCCAACAGGUGUUAGGGCUGACCACCCCUCUGUUCUCUCUGUCCUCUCUGUUCUCUCCAACAGGUGUUAGGGCUGACCACCCCUCUGUUCUCUCUGUUCUCUCCAACAGGUGUUAGGGCUGACCACCCCUCUGUCCUCUCCAACUGGUGUUAGGGCUGACCACCCCUCUGUCCUCUCCAACAGGUGUUAGGGCUGACCACCCCUCUGUUCUCUCCAACAGGUGUUAGGGCUGACCACCCCUCUGUCCUCUCCAACAGGUGUUAGGGCUGACCACCCCUCUGUCCUCUCCAACAGGUGUUAGGGCUGACCACCCCUCUGUCCUCUCCAACAGGUGUUAGGGCUGACCACCCCUCUGUCCUCUCCAACAGGUGUUAGGGCUGACCACCCCUCUGUCCUCUCUAACUCUAACAGGUGUUAGGGCUGACCACCCCUCUGUCCUCUCGAACAGGUGUUAGGGCUGACCACCCCUCUGUCCUCUCCAACAGGUGUUAGGGCUGACCACCCCUCUGUUCUCUCCAACAGGUGUUAGGGCUGACCACCCCUCUGUCCUCUCCAACAGGUGUUAGGGCUGACCACCCCUCUGUCCUCUCCAACAGGUGUUAGGGCUGACCACCCCUCUGUCCUCUCUGUCCUCUCUAACAGGUGUUAGGGCUGACCACCCCUCUGUCCUCUCUGUCCUCUCCAACAGGUGUUAGGGCUGACCACCCCUCUGUCCUCUCCAACAGGUGUUAGGGCUGACCACCCCUCUGUCCUCUCCAACAGGUGUUAGGGCUGACCACCCCUCUGUCCUCUCCAACAGGUGUUAGGGCUGACCACCCCUCUGUCCUCUCCAACAGGUGUUAGGGCUGACCACCCCUCUGUUCUCUCUGUUCUCUCCAACAGGUGUUAGGGCUGACCACCCCUCUGUUCUCUCCAACAGGUGUUAGGGCUGACCAAGGAGUGGACCAACAAGUGGGGAGAGACCCAGAACAUUCUCAAG